AGACUAUCGCCCAUUUACUUCCACAUUGUAGUGUUGUUAUUUUAUAUUUGAUAAAUAAUCACAAGCAGAGAGAGAAUAAUAUUUUACCUCGCUAAUGGUAUUGUAAAUUAUAACCAUGGACAACAUCCCUCGCACACAUGAAGACAUAGAAGCACAAAUUCGAGAAAUUCAGUCAAAGAAAAAAGAAGUUCCUGUAGAAAAACCCGACGAGAAAAAACCAAAACUAGGAGAGGGUGGAUAUUUCGACGAUGAAAUUUACGAAACCGGCAAAGGAAAGUAUGAAGGAUAUGUUACAUCCAUCGCUGCUAAUGAUGAAGUGGAUGAUGAUGAAGAAGAUGUAGGCUUUUCUAGUAAACGAGCAGGAUUGGGAGGACGUGUAGCUCUUUUAAACGAUGUUGCAGAGAGUGAAAAGGGCUAUGAUCCAUUUGCUGACCGUCGUAGACCUACAAUUGCUGAUAGGGAAGAUGAAUAUAGACAAAAAAGGAGAAGGAUGAUUAUUUCUCCUGAAAGAGUGGAUCCUUUUGCAGACGGUGGGAAGACGCCGGAUUUGCAAACCAGAAACUACUCCCAGAUUAUGAAAGAGCAGUUGCUAAAAGGAGAAGAAGCAGAGAUUCGCAAACAACUUAUUGAGCGAGCAAAGGAUGGCACUUUAAAAGCUACAAACGGCGAGGCCAAGUCAGCUCCAAAGAAGCGCGGAAGAUGGGAUCAGACGGUAGAUGAGGUCGUAAUACCUCAGAAGAAGAAAACUUUGUCGGUUCCUCCUAGCAGUAGUAAUGCUGCUACGCCCGUGUGGGAAGGAGACAAAACACCAUCAGAUAUCCGCUGGGAUGAGACGCCUGGUCAUAAAGGAAGCGAGACUCCCGGCGCAACCCCCGGUCAGUCCACCAGAAUGUGGGACGCUACCCCCGGUCCCGCAACACCGGGCAGAGAAACUCCCGGACACGGCGACAAGAGUACAUCUAGAAGAAACAGAUGGGACGAAACUCCCAAAACGGAACGUGAAACUCCUGGACAUUCCAGCGGUUGGGCCGAGACGCCGAGAACUGACAGAACCGGAGCGGACCUCAUACAAGAAACUCCCACUCCGGGUGCUUCUAAAAGAAGGUCUCGAUGGGAUGAGACACCAUCAGCGACGCCGUCACAGGUGAUGACGCCUGGAGCUAUGACACCCACGACACCUCAUGGUACCCCACAUGCCACUCCAAGUCAUGGAAACUCCACCCCUAUGUUAACUCCUGGAGGUAGCACUCCGGUCGGUUCCAAAGCCAUGGGCAUGUCGACGCCGACUCCAGGCCAUCUAGCAUCGAUGACACCCGAGCAACUUCAAGCCUAUAGAUGGGAAAGAGAAAUUGAUGAACGUAACCGACCUUACUCAGACGAAGAGUUGGAUGCAAUGUUCCCUCCAGGUUAUAAAGUUCUUCCAAGACCUGCUGGAUAUAUUCCUAUUAGGACUCCAGCCAGAAAAUUAACCGCUACUCCCACUCCGAUGAUAGGCGGUACACCGACAGGAUUUUUCAUUCAACAGGAAGAUAAGAGCGCUAAGUAUAUGGAUAAUCAGCCAAAGGGUCAAAACCUGCCGUUCAUGAAACCCGAAGAUGCACAAUAUUUCGACAAACUCUUGGUUGACGUAGACGAAGAAGCCUUAAGUCCCGAAGAACAGAAAGAACGUAAAAUAAUGAAGCUUCUUCUCAAAAUCAAAAAUGGAACUCCCCCUAUGCGUAAAGCCGCUCUCAGACAAAUAACAGAUAAAGCCAGAGAAUUCGGAGCUGGACCCUUGUUUAACCAGAUAUUACCGUUGUUGAUGAGUCCAACGCUCGAAGAUCAGGAGAGACAUCUUUUGGUUAAAGUUAUUGAUAGAAUUUUGUACAAAUUGGACGAUUUGGUGAGACCUUAUGUACACAAAAUUCUUGUGGUUAUCGAGCCGUUGCUCAUUGAUGAAGAUUACUACGCUCGUGUGGAAGGUCGUGAAAUCAUCUCUAACCUUGCCAAAGCUGCCGGUUUAGCUACAAUGAUUUCCACAAUGAGACCGGAUAUUGAUAACAUUGACGAGUAUGUAAGAAAUACCACGGCGCGUGCGUUUGCUGUAGUAGCAUCAGCUUUGGGAAUUCCCUCGCUGCUUCCUUUCUUGAAAGCAGUAUGUAGAUCGAAGAAAUCGUGGCAGGCCAGACAUACCGGUAUUAAGAUCGUCCAGCAAAUCGCUAUUUUGAUGGGUUGCGCCAUCUUGCCGCAUUUAAAAUCGCUGGUGGAAAUUAUUGAGCACGGUUUGGUUGAUGAGCAACAGAAAGUUAGGACAAUUACAGCAUUGGGUAUUGCCGCUCUUGCAGAAGCUGCUACUCCGUACGGUAUUGAAAGCUUCGACUCGGUUCUCAAACCCCUGUGGAAAGGUAUUCGUACUCAUCGUGGUAAAGGUUUGGCAGCUUUCCUUAAGGCUAUCGGUUAUUUGAUUCCUCUUAUGGACGCAGAAUACGCUAACUACUAUACCAGGGAAGUAAUGUUGAUCCUUAUACGAGAGUUUCAGUCUCCAGACGAAGAAAUGAAGAAGAUCGUCUUAAAGGUAGUGAAACAGUGUUGCUCUACAGAUGGUGUGGAAGCUCAGUAUAUCAAAGAAGAGAUCUUGCCGCAAUUCUUUAAACAUUUCUGGAACCACAGAAUGGCUUUAGACAGACGUAACUACAGGCAGCUAGUAGAUACUACCGUAGAAAUUGCAAACAAGGUUGGAGCCUCUGAAAUAAUCAACAGAAUCGUCGAUGAUCUCAAAGACGAAAACGAAGCCUACAGAAAGAUGGUAAUGGAAAGUAUCGAGAAGAUAAUGGGUAAUUUAGGAGCCGCAGAUAUUGAUUCCAGACUAGAAGAACAGUUGAUUGAUGGUAUUCUUUAUGCUUUCCAAGAACAAACUACAGAAGACGUUGUCAUGUUGAAUGGUUUUGGUACAAUUGUUAAUCAGCUCGGCAAGCGUGUCAAACCGUACUUGCCUCAGAUUUGCGGUACCAUUCUGUGGAGAUUAAACAACAAGUCUGCAAAAGUUCGUCAACAAGCCGCCGAUCUCAUAUCGAGAAUAGCUGUGGUGAUGAAGACGUGUUUGGAAGAAAAACUUAUGGGUCAUCUUGGAGUUGUUCUUUACGAAUACCUCGGAGAAGAAUACCCAGAGGUGUUAGGAUCUAUUCUUGGAGCUCUGAAGGCUAUUGUGAAUGUUAUAGGUAUGACGAAGAUGACUCCUCCCAUCAAAGAUCUCCUACCACGUUUAACGCCCAUUUUGAAGAACAGACACGAAAAAGUACAGGAAAAUUGUAUCGAUUUAGUCGGUCGUAUCGCCGACAGAGGACCGGAAUACGUUUCAGCUAGAGAAUGGAUGAGAAUAUGUUUUGAGCUGUUGGAAUUGCUUAAAGCUCACAAAAAGGCCAUUAGGAGAGCUACAGUAAACACUUUCGGUUACAUCGCUAAAGCUAUCGGUCCGCAUGACGUCCUUGCAACUCUUUUGAACAAUUUAAAGGUACAAGAACGCCAAAACCGUGUUUGCACCACCGUAGCUAUUGCUAUAGUUGCCGAAACUUGUUCACCGUUCACGGUUCUACCUGCCUUGAUGAACGAAUAUCGAGUCCCAGAACUCAACGUUCAAAACGGAGUCCUUAAGUCGCUCUCAUUUUUGUUUGAAUAUAUCGGCGAGAUGGGAAAAGAUUAUAUUUAUGCCGUAGCCCCGCUUCUGGAGGAUGCUCUUAUGGAUAGGGAUUUGGUCCAUAGGCAAACAGCUUGUGCAGCCAUUAAGCAUAUGGCUCUUGGUGUGUACGGAUUCGGAUGCGAAGAUGCGCUCAUCCAUCUUCUGAACUAUGUUUGGCCCAAUAUUUUCGAAACUUCUCCACAUUUGGUGCAAGCCUUCAUGGACGCCAUUGAAGGAAUGAGAGUAGCGUUAGGGCCGAUCAAAAUUUUGCAGUAUACGUUACAGGGUCUCUUUCAUCCAGCAAGGAAAGUACGGGAUGUCUAUUGGAAGAUCUACAACUCUUUAUAUAUCGGCGGCCAGGAUACACUCGUAGCAGGCUAUCCAAGGAUACUAAACGAUCCAAAGAAUCAGUACAUUAGAUAUGAACUAGAUUAUGUGUUAUAAUUUGUGUAAUGUAUUGUUAGCGAGCGUGUUUGAUGCUUAGUUUAAGGAUUUUUAUAGCAUUAUAAUGCUUAUUGUAUGGAAUUUAUCAUAGUGUAAAUGCAAAAUAAAUGUUUUGAAAUGUUUAA